GUCAAACCAUUCCUUGGCCUUAUGUAAAAUCAAACAUUUUUUAAGAAUAGUUGUUAAGAAUAAGUGGAAAUUUUGAAAUAAAACAAAACUCCUACGUUUCUGGUACAUAUGUGUUGCUGGACAAAUAUUUCAUUUUCGAAUCAGGUCACUAUCUAUGUCACAUAGAGAACUGACAAGCUUUUUACAUAUCACAAAAAUUAUUUUAAAUAAGUUACAGUUAUUAAUUAUCACAAAGCGGGUCUAUAUCCAAUCGCAACUUUCCGAAUUGACAAUUGUCUUACCAUAUACGAUCAUAUUUCAGCCUUGACCUCAACGAAACUUAGAUUAUAUGUUCAACAGUUUAUCAAAGUAAUAUAAUCGUCCGAAAAUUUAACAAAUUAUUAAAAAAAUGAUAUUGGCGUCCUUUAUCAGUGCUAAUUUCAACCAUAAUAAUUUCUACAACAGGUUUUUCGUGUACUCAUCAUUUAAACGGUAACAAACAACCAAAGAGCUGACACCAAAAACGAAUUUGAGUUAAAUUUUUUUUUACAUUCUUCGGAAACUUUUUGGACCCAACUUUAUGUUUGCCCAAUGCCUUUUACCAUCAAUAUCACUUGUUACAGGUUCUCACAGAAGUCCAGAAUGAAUUCUUAUCGUACAAGGAUUCGGGAAUGAGCUUAAUCGAGAUGAGUCACAGGUCAAAGGAGUACGAAGCUAUUAACAAUAGCGCUCAACAACUAGUUAGGGAAUUAUUAGAUGUGCCACCAAACUACAAAAUCCUCUUCAUGCAAGGAGGUGGUCUAGGAUGCUUCUCAGCAAUCUGCAUGAAUCUGAUGGGGAGAACUGGGGAAGCAGAUUAUUUGGUCACAGGUACCUGGUCAAGCAUAGCAGCAAAAGAGGCAGCCAAGUAUGGAAAGGUCAACAUGGUCUUUCCAAGACCAGAAACGCGCAGUAUUCCACACCCACGUACUUGGAAGCUCAGUGAAAAUGCUUCUUUUGUUUUCUACUGUGAUAACGAAACUGUCGAUGGUGUCGAAUUUAACUACGUGCCAGAGACCAGAGGAGUUCCUCUUGUAGCAGAUAUGUCUUCUAACAUAAUGACCAAGAAGGUCGACGUUUCAAAGUAUGGUAUUAUAUUUGCUGGAGCCCAAAAGAACAUUGGUCCUUCAGGUGUCGUAUUAGUGAUAGUCCGAGAAGAUUUACUAGGAAAUGCAUCGAAGUAUUGCCCUACAGUAUUCGAUUUCGCACACAUAAGCAAGAACAACUCAGUUCAUCACACACCUACCACAUUCUCAGUCUACGUAAUGGAGAAAGUCCUCCAAUGGAUCAAGCGUUGCGGAGGUGUAGAUAAGAUGGCGCAAAACUCCUACGAUAAGAGCACGACCCUCUAUAACGCCAUCACCAACUCCAACAACUUCUAUGUCUGCCCCAUCGAAGAAAGUUGCAGAAGCAGGAUCAACAUUCCCUUCAGGGUGGGAGGUGCGAACGGAGAUGACGCUCUCGAAUCCAAAUUCCUGGAGGAAGCCGAGAAACUCAGAAUGUACCAGCUGAAGGGCCACAGAAGCGUUGGAGGAAUCAGGGCGAGUCUGUACAACGCGACUUCAGUGGAGGACGUGAAACUCCUUGUCCAGUUCAUGGAAGAGUUCCGGAAACAACAUGGACCUAAGUAGACUGUGAAGGUUGUGGAUUGUUGACGUUUGAGAUGUUGUUUCUGUAUUACGGUUUUCUAUUUAUUUUUUGUGUAAGUUUUGUAAAUAAUAUAUUUUUUUAAGGAGUAUGAA